UCCUCCCCACAUCCCCCGCCCUUCUCCCCACAAGCCCCUGGAGUUCGAAGCUCGAAUAUUGUCUGGCGGAGCCAGUGGAGAAACGGGGGCGUGGCCGGAGGAGGGAGAGGCUGUGUGUGCGCGAGUCGGGCUCCCAGCGUGGAGUGGGGCUUGGCUUGUUUUCUCCCGCUCGCUCUCGUCCAGUUGCACGCCGGGGACGCUUCGCCAGGAAGGUCAGCCUUGAGAGGGAGUCUCCGGCCAAGAGGACCCGACGCCGGGCGAGCCGCGGCACCAUGCGAGGUUCUUGGGCGCUGGGAAUCGCGUGGCUGGCGCUGCUGUGCGCACCAACAGGUGCCACAAAACCUUCUAUUAAUCCCGCGAUAUCAACUUUGGUUGUGAAUAGUGGGGAAGAAUUAAAGUUGUUGUGUAAUGACGAUGGCCCGGUGACAUGGGAUUUUCAGAACACGGACCCAUCGGGAUUGCCAAAGAGUUCAGGAAAAAAGGAGCUAUUCAUAUCUAAGGCAAGAGCCAGAGACACAGGAACAUACACAUGCAAAAACAGAGAGGGCUUGAACAGCUCCAUUUAUGUUUUUGUUAAAGAGCCACAGAACCUGUUCCUUUUUGAGAGUUUCACCUUUGCAAAUGAAGACGAUGAUGCUCUCAUCCCUUGUGCAGUGACUGAUCCAGAUGUUUUAAACUUCACUUUGAAGACAUGUGAAGGAAAACCUGUACCUGAAAAUAUGGUGAUAAUUCCGGAUCUUAAAAAAGGAAUAACAAUAAAAAACGUGCAAAGGUCAUUUCAUGGCUGUUACCAGUGUGCGGCGUUGCAAAAUGGAGUUGAGAAAACGACAGAAAUAAUUUCUCUUGUUGUGAGAGCAGUUCACAAAUCCCUUCCAGACAUCACCUUAUCCAAAGGAAACCAGAUUCUCAAAAAAGGUGAAGAAUUUAAAGUUAUGUGUACAAUCAGGGAUGUAGAUAGCACUCUGCAAGCUAAUUGGAUUUUUCAAGGCAAAGCGAAUGUUGAAAGAAAAAGCAGGAAUUUUGGUGAUUUUGAAUAUGAACAAAAAUUAAUUUUAAGUAUCCAUUCAGUGGGAGUUAAUGAUUCCGGAGUGUUCCUGUGCCAAGGAAGAAACCAUUUUGGAACAUCCAAUGCCACUAUAACCUUGAAAGUAGUAGGUGAUGGAUAUGUCAGUUUAUCAGCUGCAACAAACACAACGAUAAAUGUCAAUGAGGGAGAAAAUCUGGAGUUAGCAGUCAUGUAUGAUGCAUAUCCAAAACCGGAGGAAGAAGUAUGGAUGUAUGUGAACAAAACUGUUCAAAAUUCAUCUGACCAUUAUGUCCGAAUCAUCAACACAGACAAACACAGAUAUGCCAGCGAGCUUCACCUGACACGACUGAAGGGAACAGAAGCAGGCGUUUACACAUUUUUGGCAUCUAAUUCAGAUGCCACCUCAUCUAUAGCAUUUAAUGUCUAUGUGAACACCAAACCAGAAAUUCUCUCUUUGGACAGGCUGAGCAAUGGCAUGUUCCACUGCGUAGCAGCCGGGUAUCCUGCACCUACAAUAGACUGGUACUUCUGCCCACUGGCUGAGCCAAGAUGUUCAGAUUUGGCCAGAGUAUCUCCAGUGGAUGUGAAGCCCAAUCAUAGCACUUCCACCCUCCCUUCUUUUGGAAGGAUUGUGGUUGCAAGCACCCUGGAUGCCAGCCAGUUCAAGAACAACGGCACCAUCAAAUGUAACGCUACCAAUGACAUUGCCAGCAGCUCUACUUUUUUCAACUUUGCAAUUAAAGAACAAAUCAGCACCCACACCCUUUUCACUCCUUUGUUGAUUGGUUUUGGGGUAGCAGCAGGAAUAAUGUGCCUCACCGUUGUGGUUCUUGUGUACAAAUAUCUCCAGAAACCCAAGUAUGAAGUUCAGUGGAAAGUGGUUGACGAAAUAAAUGGAAACAACUACGUUUACAUAGACCCUACGCAACUGCCGUAUGACGACAAAUGGGAGUUUCCGAGAAACCGCUUAAGCUUUGGUAAAAUUCUUGGAGCUGGAGCUUUUGGGAAAGUCGUUGAAGCAAUUGCCUACGGUCUUUCCAAACCAGAUGGGGCAAUCAGAGUUGCUGUAAAAAUGCUCAAACCCAGUGCCCAUUUCACUGAAAAAGAAGCCUUGAUGUCAGAACUGAAAGUGUUAAGUUAUCUUGGCAACCACAUCAACAUUGUGAAUCUGCUUGGAGCUUGCACUGUUGGAGGCCCCAUUUUGGUCAUUACGGAAUACUGCUGCUAUGGUGACCUUUUGAAUUUUCUGAGAAGAAAACGUGAUUCCUUUAUUUUCCCCAAGCAUGAAGAAACAGCUGUUUACAAGAACCUGCUUUAUCAAAAAGAACGCAUGUGUGAUGGCAUCAAUGAAUACAUGGACAUGAAACCAGGAGUUUCUCAGAUCAUUCAAGCCAAAACAACCUCAAGACAUCCAGGGAGGCCAGGAUCAUUUGCUAAUCAGGAUGUCACUGUUGCCAUCUUAGAAGAUGAUGAACUGGCUUUGGAUAUUGAAGAUCUGAUAAGUUUUUCUUACCAAGUUGCAACAGGCAUGAGCUUCCUUGCCUCUAAAAAUUGCAUUCAUAGGGACCUGGCAGCAAGGAACAUCCUUCUGACUCAUGGUCGCAUAACAAAAAUCUGUGACUUUGGCCUUGCAAGAGACAUCAGGAAUGACUCAAAUUACGUGGUCAAAGGAAAUGCCCGGCUUCCUGUGAAGUGGAUGGCACCAGAAAGCAUCUUUGAGUGUGUGUAUACAUUUGAGAGUGACGUCUGGUCCUAUGGAAUACUGCUCUGGGAACUCUUUUCUCUAGGAAGCAGCCCCUACCCUGGAAUGCCUGUGGAUUCCAAGUUCUAUAAAAGAAUUAAAGAAGGCUACAGAAUGUUUAGCCCAGAAUUUGCACCACCUGAAAUGUAUGAGAUAAUGAAGAGUUGCUGGGAUGUGGAUCCUGUAAAGAGGCCGACCUUUAAGCAAAUUGUACAGCUGAUUGAACAGCAGAUUUCAGAUACCACCAACCAUACUUAUUCAAAUAUCACAAGUAACCUUUGCAGUCAAGUUCACGACAUGGAUCACUCAGUGAGAAUUAACUCGGUGGGCAGCAGCGCUUCAUCGAAUCAGCCCCUACUCAUGCACGAGGAAGCUUGAAGACCAACUCUGCUAGCCUGAAUGGAGAAUCUACUGUUACUUUUAAGUGUUUUAACAGACUACUUGUUCUCAUUUUAUAUACUACUCAACCAAGGAUAGAAGGAAUACUGUAGUACUUUUCUUUCUCUCUGUGUUUUUCUUUUAAAUCACAUACUGCUUAGAAACAACCCCCACCCCCCAGAUUUACCCAUCCUAGUUAUAGCAUCAUCGUCGCCCUGUUUGCUAAAAUCUGUGUAUAGUUGCUGUGUUAUAUGCAUUUGUAGUACGGAACCAGAUCUCGGAGGGGGAAGUAACCAUAAUAAAACUUGAGUGUUGUAUUUAUGGAUUUUUUAAUGGGAGCUCUGGAGGCAACUAGACAAGACAUGUGAGAUCCGUGAUUGGACUAAAUUUCUCAGCAGCCAGAAGAUCCUGUAGAUUGGAGCCAAGGUGCUAAGAGAGGUGGGACUUAACUCUUAACACACCAUUUUCCAGUUGAAACCCCCCCCCUCAUAUCUGCUACGUUACACCACUUCCUUGUGUGUGUGUUAGAUUGAGGAAAGGCCACAAGGGCAAAGGAUUUGCCCCAACAUUGCUGUAGCUUCCACUGUUCCCAUGGUUGCUUUUAUAUACAAUUCAUGACCUGAUCGCAGAUCUCCCAUACCUAAUCUAGCUGCAGUCUUGGACUCUUGAAAGCUAAUGUUCGUGUUUGGAAAUAAAUAAAUGCAACUAACCAAUUUCCUACAGAUUACAAUUACUUGCCAGCUUUGAAAUGUGAGCGUUCCUAUUCAGAGAGCAGAACAUACCAAAAGAACAGAGAGAUCCUGAAUAGUAUUUCAGUGUGCAUCUUGUGACCACCUUGUAGGGGGAUUAGAUAAUAUAGCAGUUCUCCCCCUGCUUGCCUAUACACCAAAACAGGUUUCAGUGUUUUAAUGCUAGGCUGAACAGUUGGGAGAUAGUAAUGGAAGACAGUUUGAGGCCAACUCUCAUGUGGCAUUUCUUUUAUACAGAGGUUCAAAUUCAUAAACAAUGACCUAGUGCAUGUUUUCUGUUAUCCACACUGGAAGCCAAUCUGUGAAUCCAUUUCCCAAAGCAUGUAGCGGGCUAUUUGUUGACGCCAUUUCCACACUGCCAAAAUACAUUCCCACCUGGAUCUGUGUGUAAUAAAAUGCUAACAUCUAGUUCUGGAAGAGACAAUACGUCUAUUUGUAUUAAAAACAGACAAUCAUAUCUUCUUUAUAUAGCUCUUUUACUUUGAUCAAAUAGACAAAUUGUUUCACAGUAUGUGACAUUCCUUUCAAAGGACAAGUUUGUUUUUCACUUUUUGGGUUUGUUUCUUAAACCAGUCCAGUAGUUUUCUUGUUCUUCCAAAAGCAUCUCUUGCAUACAUUUCCCUGCUCAACUGGUCACAGUUUUUUAGAGAGGGCCUCGCAUGCCACAUUCUGAGUAGAACUUCAUCUCAGGUAACACUGCAUGCUGCAGGAAGGGCAACAAGAAAACUCAGUAUUUGAAAUUUGUGACUGUUAAUGUCAUAGUCAAGUGGAAUACUGGCCAGCCGUGUGGAGAUAGGAAUGCUGUGUUUUCGUUGUAGCUGUUUUUUUAAAAGGCAUCUUCACUGACCCUUAAAUACAAAAUGAUGACAGAAAGUUCUAAAGCUCCUUGAUUUUCUAAAAGAAAUGUUUGUUUGUUACCCCUUUUUCCAUCAGUGAGCAACAAAAAGCAUGGGGGUAGAGAGGGGUGAUACACUGAAGUAUCUGUUUAGUUGCACUGCCCUAGCAUUUCAGAGCCUGGUUGUUUAGCCGUAACAUUCCACUGAGUUCACAAUUUGCUUGUUAGAAGUAAUUAUAAUCUGCUAAAAUGCAAAUAUUGUUAAAAAUGUACAGAUUGCUAGAGCACUUCCCAAAUUACACUGAAUUUGCUGUAUAUCUGAUCUAGUGUUAUUUUUUCUUUCUUUCCAUGUUGUUUGGAUUUAUAGUUACAGAAGUUUGUUAGGCCAGUCUUUAGAAAGAAGAUGCUUGCACUGGAGUUAUUUAUGCUGUUGCACCUUUCCAAAGUUUGUGUGGGGUUUGAGGCAAACGGUUCUAUCUGACACCACAUAUGACGUUCAGUCCAACCCCACAUAUGACCGGGGAGGGGGGGUUCCCAUUCUCUUCUGUGAAGGGAAAUGUUCUAUACAUGUACCAGAUUUUCAUAUUGCACAAUACAGAUCAUCCUCCUCCUCUGAGAAGGGGGAAGCCCCUUCACAUGCUGAGCACUGUGUGCACAUCAGACUCACUGUGCAUGCACCAAAGCCACUGGAUUGAGGUCAGUCUCUUUACAUCUGCUCCUCCCCCAGCUAUGAUCAUAUAAACACUUCUUGGCUUUUGUAGACUCAACUGUUGUAAUAAUUGCAGACACCGCGGUACUUCAUUGGCACUUGGAUGAAAGGUGUUUUUUCCCCUCUUAUUCUCAAAAGUUAUAUUUUUAUAAUUUUUGGUUGAAAAGUUUGCUUUGCGGCAGCUUAAUACUUUCAGAUUAUUUUAUUGUUCAUACUGUUGGUUCAUGUAAAUGCUGAGAUGUAGCAAUAAUGUCUUCUGGACUACUUUGGGUUCUUGAGUCUUAAAAUAUAUUUUUAUAAAUAUACAUAUAUAUAUAUGCUGCAACUGUAUGUAUAAAUAUGUGGAUGUUCAAAAGUUGCUUUGUUGAGGAAAUGAAAUAAAAGUGUAAAUAUUCA